AUGGCAACUAGUACUGUUGACGAACAUAUAUGUGUUACACCUAAUUGUGGUGAAAAAGCAAAACUUCGUUGUCCAAAUUGUGUUAAAUUAGAUAUUAUUGAUGGUUCAUAUUUUUGUUCACAAAAUUGUUUUAAAAGUUAUUGGCAAGAACAUAAAAAACUACAUGUACAAACAAAAACUUCUAUGUCAACUAAUAAUUUCGUAGAAAAUUAUAAUCCAUGGCCAGGUUUUCAUUUUACUGGAAAAUUAAGACCAUAUCCACAAACUCCUCGUCGAUUAGUUCCACCAAAUAUUCCACGACCUGAUUAUGCUGAUGAUCCAAAAGGUAGAUCGAAAUCAGAAGAAGGAGAAAAAUCAUCAAGUAGUACAAUUCGUGUAUUAACUGAAGAUGAACAAGAUUUAUUACGUGAAACAUGCAAACUUGGUCGUAUUGUUUUAGAUGAAGCUGCAAGAUCACUUCGAAUUGGUAUAACAACAGAAGAAAUAGAUCGUAUUGUUCAUGAAUGUUGUAUUGAAAAUGAAUGUUAUCCAUCACCACUUAAUUAUUAUGAAUUUCCUAAAUCAUGUUGCACGAGUGUUAAUGAAGUUAUUUGCCAUGGAAUACCUGAUUUACGUCCAUUACAAGAUGGUGAUAUUCUUAAUAUUGAUAUUAGUGUAUAUAAACAUGGAUUUCAUAGUGAUCUUAAUGAAACAUUUCUUAUUGGUAAUGUUGAUCAAAAGUCACGUGAUCUUGUUCGUACUGCUUAUGAAUGUUUAGAAAAAGCUAUGGAAAUGAUUCGUCCAGGUACAAAAUAUCGUGAUAUUGGAAAUGAAAUUCAAAAACAUGCUACAGCAAAUGGUUGUUCAGUUGUACGUUCUUAUUGUGGACAUGGCAUUCAUAAACUAUUUCAUUGUGCUCCAAAUAUUCCUCAUUAUGCCAAAAACAAAGCCAUUGGUGUUAUGAAACCAGGUCAUUCAUUUACUAUUGAACCUAUGAUAAAUGCUGGAACAUGGCGAGAUGUUCUUUGGAAUGAUAAUUGGACAUCUGUAACUGAAGAUGGACAACGUUCAGCUCAAUUUGAACAUACAUUUCUUGUAACAGAUACAGGCUGUGAUAUUUUAACAGCACGUUCAUCUGGUCAACCAUGGUUUUUAGAUGGAAAUUAUAUUAGUUAA